AUGUCUUUUGAUCAACUAUCUUCCAUAGAAUCCGGCAGCGGGGGAGGUCGUCGUCAGAACAAUGGCGCCUACUCGGAUGAUCCGGAGUUUUCUCGAUUGUCGCAAGGCCUCAUGAAUACGCUGUUUCAUCUUCAGGGAAACAUUUCAAAACUUAAGUCGGAUAUCGGCCUUCUCGGUACACGACGAGAUAACCCCCGGUUACGAGAGAGGGUUCACGCUACGAUUGAGGAGUCCACUACGAAGUUCAAGGAGGUUGGUGAAGGUAUCAAGAAGAUCCAGACAUGGGAAGAACCUACGCCUACCCAGAAGUAUUCUCAGCAAAAGUUGUCGCGCGAGUUCAAGACGGCUCUCGGCGAAUUCCAAUCACUCCAGCGCACCGCCCUCGAAAAGCAACGAGCCUCUGUUACCGCUGCAAAAGCCGCGCUUGAUCACGAAGGAGCCGAAGGCGUCCCACCCGGAACUGAAGGCGAACAGGUACAGCUUCAGCAGCAGGAACAGGUCCACCUAGCUGCCCAAGACGAAGUUGAUUUUCAGGAGGCCUUGAUCACCGAACGAGAAGAUGAAAUCCGCCAGAUUGAGGAAGGCGUUGGCGAUCUCAACGUCUUAUUCCAGCAGGUGGCGCAAAUUGUUAGUGAGCAAGGAGAGGUGCUGGAGACGAUCGAGAGCAAUGCUGUCAACGUGCGCGAUGAUACUCGGGGUGCCGAUUACGAGUUGAGGAGCGCCGCGAGGUAUCAGAAGAACGCACGGAGCAAGGCGUGCUGUCUACUAUUGAUUCUAGCUAUUAUUAUGGCUAUCGUGCUGCUAGCUGUAUUUCUCGGCUAG